AAUGAAAUCCAAGAAGAGCCCAGGAAAUUGAAUUAAUUGUCCACACUGUGGACGAUUAACCGUUUCAUUAUUCAGGAAUAAACCUGUGAUGUGAACACAGCCUUGAAGAGAAGGGAGCAACGCGUGAGCAGAUGCACCUGAAGCUCUUUGCAAGCCGAGGAAGUUGGGGGGGGCGGCCCACUCAAGACAGAGGGCUGUGCCUUGGGAGUUGAGCGUCGAGCCCCACCUCCUGAGAUGGCCACCCUUACAAGCAGCUCAAGCCUGGACCUCGCCCACACCACCCCUCCCACCUCCCUCGCCUCGCCUCUCUUGGAGGACAAGCCCAAACCGAAAAACCUCUUCCAGUUCGGCUCCCUCUUCCACAGCCGGAGUGAACGGUUUGUCAUUGCACGGAGCGACAGCGUGCCGGAAGAGAACGUUCUGAAGAUCACCAUCACCGAGACCACAGUCAUUGAGUCAGACCUGGGCAUCUGGAGUUCUUACGCCCUUACCUACCUCACUUUGUGGUUCUUCUUCAGCUUUUGCACCCUUUUUCUGAACAAGUACAUCUUGUCCCUGCUGGAAGGGGAGCCAAGCAUGCUGGGCGCUGUUCAAAUGCUCUCCACCACCUUCAUCGGCUGUGUCAAAAUGUUCGUUCCAUGCUGCCUUUAUCAGCACAAAAGCCGCCUCUCCUACCCUCCCAACUUCAUCAUGGUUAUGCUCUUUGUCGGCCUGAUGCGGUUUGCAACAGUGGUUUUGGGGCUUGUCAGCCUGAAGAACGUAGCAGUUUCCUUUGCCGAGACAGUGAAAAGCUCGGCGCCCAUCUUUACCGUUAUUAUGUCUCGCAUGAUCCUAGGAGAAUACACCGGACUGUUUGUGAAUCUCUCCCUGGUCCCCGUGAUGGGCGGGCUGGCAUUGUGCACUGCGACCGAGCUGAGCUUCAACUUCCUGGGCUUCUCGGCAGCUUUGUCGACAAACAUUAUGGACUGUUUGCAGAAUGUUUUCUCAAAAAAACUGCUCAGCGGGGACAAGUACCGUUUCUCUGCUCCUGAGCUUCAGUUUUACACAAGUGCAGCUGCUGUGAUCAUGCUUAUUCCUGCCUGGGUCUUUUUCAUGGAUAUGCCUGUGAUUGGGAAAAGUGGGCGGAGCUUCCAGUACAACCAGGACAUUGUGGUGCUGCUCCUGAUGGACGGGGUGCUGUUCCACCUUCAAAGCGUCACAGCUUAUGCUUUGAUGGGCAAGAUUUCCCCGGUAACUUUCAGCGUUGCCAGCACGGUGAAGCACGCCCUGUCCAUCUGGCUAAGCAUCAUUGUCUUCGGAAACAAGAUCACCAGCCUCUCGGCCAUCGGGACCAUGCUGGUGAUAGUCGGGGUCCUGCUGUAUAACCGAGCGAAGCAGCACCAACAGGAGACCCUUCAGAGUCUGGUGGGAACAGCCCCAGCCUUCCAACUAUCUCCAGGGGUCAAUGGAAACACAGAGCCACUCAUCUCCAAGGACGCCCAUCCAUUUAAAUGAGACCACCUCCCACAUCUCUGCCUUAACUUCGCUGCAUUGACGUUUAGAGGGAUGAUAUUUUUCUGUUGACAUCCUUGGUGUUAGCGGUAGAUCCUACCCAAGGCCCGUUGCACUCUGGAGGCAGGGCAGGCCGUGAUCAGAAAAGCGGGAGGCCAGAUGAGGCAAGAAACGGAGGCAUGGGGAGAGCUGUUCCUAAGUCGGCUUUGCACUCUGCCACCCACUAUAUACAGACCUGUCUGAAAGUCACUCUUGGUCCAUCUUCCACCAGACCAACGUGAAAUCCAGCAGAGUUUGCCACCGUCGGCAGGCAAAGAGGUCCAAAUGAUCUGUGCGGCGGCACACGGUUUGAGCCGCCCCACAGAUCAUUUGGACCUCUGCCUAUGCAUGCGAAGGGAAGACAAAAGUCAGCUUGAUCCAUCUCUUGGCGGCUGUCCACCACUACAGUGGUCCAAAAUCCCAAGGCUGGAAAAGGGGAUCAUCUUCUGGAGUCGCAAAAUGGCAAAAGGUCUUUGCUGGGAGCUGCUGCAGGAUCUUAUCACCACUAGUACGGUGUGUGCCAAGUGUGCAACUGGUCUCCCCAUCCUAGGUACAUCCUCUGCGAGGUCACAGUCCUAGGCGUCAGUGGGAACCUCUGGAUGAAACCUUCUGAAGAUGUUCUGCUGAGAACUCAUCAGCAAUUUUGACAGUCAUUGUCUCACCCAUGCCAACCAUGCUAAGAUUUCAGGUUUCCCUGGAAUGAAGCUUGUUGAAUUGUUUGUGGGGAAACCUGAGAAACAUUUUGCACAGAGGGUAAGGGAAAGACUGCCCAAACUUCAUUUCAUUUCAUUUCAUUUCAGUACCACUGAGGGCAGGCAAUAAAUCCAGUUGGCCUUGGAAAUCUGGAUGCCUUGCUAAUAGAAGUCAAGAAGUGAUUUGGGGAAAGGCAUGCUAGGAAUCGUUUCUAGCUUCUGCUGAGUUUAAGGAUAGACACGUUUGGGAUUGCCAGAUGAAGAGGGAAUCGUGCAUUGGGUGUUGUUCUGGAUCAUGUGCUACGACGCCUGUUAGCAGCCAGAUAGCCAGCAAGCUGCUUGAGAAGGAAAUGAGAUUUGAUGGAGCGAAGUCCUCUCCAAACUAAUGGUUGAAAAUCCCAUUAGGACUCUGGGAAGCUGUCCGUACAUCAGCUGAUACCCAUCUAGCUUAGUCAAGCUACUCUGGCACCACUGAAUUAAUUCCUUCCUCCUUUACAGCCAUUCCAUCAAUGUCCUUGUGGCUUCGGUAUCGAUGGGCAAGGGCUGGAUUGCGCUCACAGACUAUUAGCCGCUUACUUGGAAAUAAAAAACGAAUGGCUGCUGAGCCGUGGAGACUCGCAUGAAGCUCUCUACAUUGUCUUUUCUACAGUCCACAUGAACUAAAUGUGGUCAGGUAGGAAAAAUAAUGUUUACACCCGGCACGUUAAUAUGCUUUUCGUUCCAGAGUGAAAAAUACAUGGCAUUCCGCAUUCCCUGAUUUGUCAUCUAGAAGACUAAAUUUGCUGCCCAAAUGUUUUUUUCUCUCCUCUCCUCCCUCCUCUGUUGUGCUAAAAUGGGAAAGCAAACAAUGCUUUGUGUAAGAGGAUAUGCACAGCGCUGGACUUCAGAUGCAAAGCUUCUCAGGCAGAAUAGGCUCCCGCUGCUGUUGGUCCCCCCUGAAAUGGCAAAACGUUUUCUCUUUUCCUGGGCAAACUUGAAGGCAAACUGGUGCUUUCGUGUUGGGGCCAAAUCUUCAGUGUUUCGGGUGCCAAGCUCAGGCUGAAAACAGUCGUGUAUUCGGAGCCUGACUUCAGAAAGGGUGUGCCCUUGCUUUCAAGCAUCAUGAACUCGACAUCACUCAGAUGACCACUCUAAAACCUUGACUAGACCAAUCCUGUGGAUAAUCUCUCAUUACCUGUGUAAGACACACAUAAUUUACAAUUUGCUCGUCGUAGGGAUUUUUUCCCCCAAGAAAAACUUACAGUGAGGGGUAAUCCUGCAUUUGUUUUCUGUUCUCUUCUCCGAAGUCUGCAUUGAAUAAA